AGGGCUUCCAACACACUGCCUUUGCGCCAACAUUCACAUCAAAAUUCAACCCCAUCAGUUUGGCUAACCAUUUCUUUUUAUAUAAAAGUAAGUAAACUAAGAACUAAUCCUAGGCCUGCAGGAAGUCUCCGAGAUUGCCACAUAUUUUGUCGAUUUCCGCACAUCCCGAUUGCUCCAGCGCUGAAAUGGCAUUGGCGAGGGCCACGGUUUCUUUCAGGGAAUGGGCCUUCAACCAUAUCCUGCCGUUGACUCCCACAGCGAUCUCGUAGGGCAGUUCCCGGGUAAGAGCGGCGAGAACAGGGCAGUUUUCCCGCAGCAGCAUCCUUCCCAGAUUCAGGCUGCACUUGAAGAAGAAUCCAUCGAUAGACAUGCAAUCCACAGCUACGUGUGGAUCCCGAUUACUCUAACCUUGUGCGAAGGUCAAUUUUCCCCAAAAAAUAUAGGAAACGUACCAGGGAAAACAACAAAAAAGGGAAAGCGCACCCCCACACUGAAAACCGGCGAGCACCUGGAAACGCAUACAUAUAAAAGGAGAGUAAAUAUACAAAUUGGUAGCACUUUCGCCGCCGUCUUUUACACAUUCAAGCCAUGUCUUGGACCGCUUCAGUUUUCUUGAGGACUUCCACCACUAGCAUGAAGUUUCUGCGUCUGCGCUGGCCUCUCCCCAGAAUUCCCCAGAAUAAAUCGGCAAACGUUGCGCCGCGUUUCAGAAGCAAAUCAGCAGUCAGCCAGCUCUCAUCUGGAUUUAAAUUUGUGCAGAUCCGCAAAAGUACUUGUGACAGCAACGAGAUGACCAUCAAAGCGAUCAAGGCCCGUCAAAUCUACGACUCCCGUGGCAACCCCACCGUGGAGGUCGACCUGACCACCGAGCUGGGACUCUUCCGAGCCGCCGUGCCCUCCGGCGCCUCCACUGGCGUCCACGAGGCCCUGGAGCUGCGCGACAACGACAAGGCCAACUACCAUGGCAAGUCGGUGCUGAAGGCCGUGGGCCAUGUGAACGACACCCUGGGACCCGAGCUGAUCAAGGCCAAUCUGGAUGUGGUUGACCAGGCGUCCAUUGACAACUUCAUGAUCAAGUUGGACGGCACCGAGAACAAGAGCAAGUUCGGAGCCAACGCCAUCCUGGGCGUUUCCCUGGCCGUGGCCAAGGCUGGAGCCGCCAAGAAGGGCGUGCCGCUGUACAAACACAUUGCCGAUCUGGCUGGCAACAAGGAGAUCAUCCUGCCGGUGCCCGCUUUCAACGUGAUCAACGGCGGCAGCCACGCCGGCAACAAGCUGGCCAUGCAGGAGUUCAUGAUCCUGCCCACCGGCGCCACCAGCUUCACAGAGGCCAUGAAGAUGGGCUCCGAGGUGUACCACCACCUGAAGAAUGUGAUCAAGGCCAAGUUCGGUCUGGACGCCACCGCUGUGGGCGAUGAGGGCGGCUUCGCCCCCAACAUCCAGUCCAACAAGGAGGCUCUGAACCUGAUCAGCGAUGCCAUCGCCAAGGCCGGAUACACCGGCAAGAUCGAGAUCGGCAUGGACGUGGCCGCCUCCGAGUUCUACAAGGAUGGCCAGUACGAUCUGGACUUCAAGAACGAGAAGAGCGACAAGUCGCAGUGGCUGCCCGCCGACAAGCUGGCCAACCUGUACCAGGAGUUUAUUAAGGACUUCCCCAUCGUCUCGAUUGAGGAUCCCUUUGACCAGGACCACUGGGAGGCCUGGUCCAACCUGACCGGCUGCACCGACAUCCAGAUCGUGGGCGAUGAUCUGACCGUGACCAACCCCAAGCGUAUUGCCACCGCCGUGGAGAAGAAGGCCUGCAACUGCCUGCUCCUGAAGGUCAACCAGAUCGGCACCGUCACCGAGUCCAUUGCCGCCCAUCUGCUGGCCAAGAAGAACGGCUGGGGCACCAUGGUCUCCCACCGUUCCGGUGAGACCGAGGACUCGUUCAUCGGUGACCUGGUCGUCGGUCUGUCCACCGGCCAGAUCAAGACCGGAGCUCCAUGCCGCUCGGAGCGUCUGGCCAAGUACAACCAGAUCCUGCGCAUCGAGGAGGAGAUCGGCGCUGGCGUCAAGUUCGCCGGCAAGUCGUUCAGGAAGCCGCAGUAAGCGCAGGGCACUUCGAAAUUCCAACCACACCAGCCCCAUCGAAUGAGAUCUGGAUCUUGGAGAGGGAGCUGGACGCAGUAGAUCCAUGGAAAGGCGGCGGUGCACGUGUUCGUCAACCUUUUACGUUCGGAACUUGUGUCUGGCGCACAAAUACAUCAGAAUUAAACUACCAAACCCAUUUGCUGUCUCUAUGCUUCGUUCUUAGACAUUAUUAAUUAAUGCUAAACCUUGAUCUAAUCAUUAUUUAUAAACAAAAGAAUAAAAAACACUAUGUGCAAGAUAUUCGUUCAGUUGCCGAGAGCUUUGAAUAUCUUCAAUGUAAUCGCUGUAAUCGUUAUGAAAUUAUAAAUUGAUCUACACAAACACCAAAUCCACAAACAGACAAGUUAUUCACUUCAAAAACGGUUAUGAAACAAUUGUUGAGACAUAGAAUUUAAGCGAAAGCUGUUGGAAUAUUCUUAUCGAAUAUACACGGUGUUCAAUAGAGAUCUUAAUCAGAUGGAAUAGUACACCAAAUAUUAAACAUAUUCAGAUUUGUUAGUUGAUGUGAAAUAAAAAGUAUAAAAGUUACUG